AUGGGCAAAGGUCCGAAUUCCCAACACAAUAAGAAUCAAAAGGCAUGUGAUGACUUGUUGAAUACAAAUCAACAUAUUGAACCACCACUUUUAGGGAAGACAGAAGAAGAGAUUAAGAAUAACAAGUUGCGGUUAAAAACUUCAAUUGAUGCAGUUCGUUGGCUAGCAUUUCAAAAUUUUCCAUUUAGAGGCCAUGAUGAGAGUGAAAACUCUAAGAAUCAAGGAAACUUUCUUAAGCUAAUAAAGUUUAUAGCCUCAUACAACAAAGAUGUGAACAAAGUCGUUUUGCAAAAUACUCCAGGGAAUGCUUCAUAUACAUCAUCCACAAUUCAAAAGGAGAUUUUGCAAAUUUUAGCGAAAAAAGUGCAAGAUAAAAUAAGAAAGGAAAUUGGAGAAUCAAAAUUUUGUGUCAUCCUUGAUGAAUCUCAAGAUAGGGCAUUAAGAGAACAAAUGGCAAUUGUUUUAAGGUUUGUUGAUCAUGAUGGAAUUUUAAAAGAACGAUUUUUUGAUCUUGUUCAUGUGAAAAACACUUCAUCAUUAACUUUGCAACAAAAAUUAUUUAAAGUUUUGUCUUAUCAUAACUUGAACCCAAAAAAUAUUCGUGGUCAUGGAUAUUAUGGAGCUUCUAAUAUGAGAGGGGAAUUUAAUGGUUUGAAAGCUUUAAUAUUAAAAGAUUCACCCUAUGCAUACUAUGUUCAUUGUUUUUCUCAUCGGCUUCAAUUAGCUUUGGUUGGAGCUACAAAAGAAGUGAUUCCCAUACAACAAUUUUUCACUAAAUUGGCAAUUAUAGUCAAUAUAGUUGAUGCAUCUUCGAAAAGACAUGAUGAGUUACAAGCUACACAAAAAGUUGAUUUAGCAAACAAGAUUGCUAAUGACGAGGUUCAAACUGGGAGAGGAUUGAAUCAAAUCGGGAACUUACAGCGUGCUGCUGAUACUCGAUGGACAUCUCAUUUGAAUUCAAUCAACAAUUUAGUAAGGACAUUUUCUUCUAUAGGUAAGGUUCUUCUAUCCAUUGUUAAAGAAGGAAAUUCUGAACAACGUGCCAAUGCUGAUAAUGCUUAUGAUACAUUAAUAUUGACUGGUUGGGAUGAUUUGUUUCAAAAGGUUAAGUCUUUUUGUGAGAAGAAUAAUGUUCAAAUUCAAGAUAUGACUACUCUUUACACAGCCGGUAAAGGUCGUUCUCGUCAAGGUGGAAAAAUAACAAUGGAGCAUCAUUAUCGAGUUGAUUUAUUUAUUGCAGCUUCAGAUUCACAACUACAAGAUAUUAAUAAUAGGUUUGAUGAACAAAUGAUUGAUCUUCUUAUAUUGAGUGCAACAUUGGAUCCUAAAGACUCUUUUAAGUCUUUUGAUGUUGAUAAAAUAUGCUACUUGGUGCAAAAGCAUUACCCUGAAGACUUCUCUGAACAAGAAAAAUAUCAACUUGAAUCAACUUGUGAGCGUGCCUUUUCUGCAAUGAAUAUCGUCAAAACUCAACUAAGGAGUAAAAUGGAGGAUGAUUUUCUUAGAGAUGUUUUGGUUGUAUACAUAGAAAAAGAGAUUGCUGUAGAGUUUAGUGUUGAAUCUUUGAUUGAUGAUUUUGCUACUAUGAAAAAUCGUAGAGUACGAUUUAACUAA